AACAUCACGGCAUUGUAUGUAUUCUGUACUCGCAUUAGCUUGACAUUUUGAAAUGCAGCCAAGAAAACGGGAAGAAAUUAUGUCCAUUCCGAGUUUGUACUUCGUUAGAGAUUUUUAUGUUUCUUACUAUGAUUUCCUAAUUGCAUUACAUUAUGUGUUACGACAUAUGCACUGAAGUAGGUUACUUGCAUUUCAAGUGUCUGAACGGUGUAGAGAAUGCAGGAAUAUGUACAACGGUAGUACAGCAUAUAUUUAACAAUACGCAGAUAGAUAACCACUUCUGAUACAGUAUCAUUAAAAACCUGUGUAUCAUGCAACCAACUAACCAAUCAAGAGUGACAGGUGAGUGAGAGAGAGAAGACCAGGUACUUUUAAAUACUUUUCCCAUACGUGAAUCAAGAUAAGCCUACAAUGGACAACAAUGAUGCAGAUGAUGAAUUCCAAGAUGCAUAUGAAUCACAGCCGGUGGUAUCUUCCAUGGAUUUGUUAACAGCCGUGGAUGAAUCAAGGACAGCAGUCAAUUACUUUUUCAAUAAUAAAUUCAGUGAUGCAAGAGAUAUUCUUCAGCCAUGGGCCAGCAGCAGUAUGUAUCAUUCAGUUGGGAACAGUGUACUCACAUUUCUUGAAGCGAUACUUACGUUUGAACAUCAACACAUAGAGGCUGCUUCCGAAGCACUGAAACAGUGCAUGACAGUCUGCAACAGAUACCGAAAAAAGAACUCCAUUUCUGAGUCACUGGGAAAGAUAGUGAAGAAAACCAACUAUGAUCUGUAUUCACCAGAGGAAAUUCAUGCAGAGUUAUGUUAUGCAGAAGCUUUGCUACUGAAAUCUAUGCUUACAUUUGUGGAAGAUGAAACACUUGUCAGUUUUAUUAAAGCUGGGCUUAAGAUUCGUACCUGUUACAAUUCUUACAAGGAAUGUAUGAACAUUUUAAACCAGAGGAACUGGGGUGAUGAAAGCCAUAAAGUACAUUUUGAGAGUGGUGUCAGAAUGGGAAUUGGAACAUUUAAUCUUAUGAUCUCAUUGCUGCCUGGCCGCGUUAUAAAACUGUUGGAGUUCAUUGGGUUUUCAGGAAGCAAAGAAGUUGGUAUACAUGAAUUGGAGAUGGGAUACCGACUGCACCAUAGCGUACGUCAAGUCCUGUGUGUGAUGGCAUUGCUUGCUUAUCAUCUUCUUGUGUUGUAUGUUCUUAGUCAUACUGAUGGGGACAUAGAAUUCUGUGAUGAGAUACUGAAAAGUCAGCUUCAGCUAUAUCCUGAAGGAGUGUGGUUCCUCUUUUUUAAAGGACGCUUAGAGUUUAUGAAAGGAGACGUCGAUGAAUCCAUAAAAUGGUACUUAAAGUCGUGGAAGUCUCAGAAUAUGUGGCCACAAUUUCAUCAUCUUUGUUUCUGGGAGCUGAUGUGGACAAACAGUGUCAAACAGGAGUGGCGAGAGGCAAGCUUGUAUGCUGAUCAGCUGCUGCACGAGAGUCGCUGGUCCCGGACCAUCUACAGUUAUCAGAAAGCAGCUUUGCUUUGUAUGCUUGGCGAUGAACUCUCAUUAGAUGAGAAGGCCGAAAUUGAGAUCCUCAUGAGAGACUCCCCUCAGUGGAAGCAGCGAAUUGCUGGAAAGUCGUUGCCAAUGGAGAAGUUUGUAGUGAAGAAGAGUGAACGUUUCUUUGCUCAGAAGAAGAUGUUGGUUCUACCAGCACUGGAACUUAUGUAUGUGUGGAAUUUAUUUAAAGUACUGGGCAAGAAACGUGAACUGAUUCAGAACGUGUACAAGUUGAUUGAGAAGGCAUUGGCCAAACUUGAUGCUCAGAAAAAACAUCAGGAGUUUGAUGCCGAUAACAGAGCUCUGGUGCUGCUGUUGAAGGGAGCAAGUCUCCGACACAUGCAAAGUCCACUGCAAGCGGAGGAAUGUCUAAAUAGUGUUCUUUCAUUAGAGAAGAAGCUAAGGGAGGACUUUUACUUAAUACCGUAUACGUUAGUGGAACUUGCAUUGCUGUUCAGAGAACAGGGGAACAUUUCAAAAACAUCGCAGCUGCUGGAGGAUGCAAAAAAAAAUUAUACUGGUUAUUCAUUGGAGUCAAGGCUUCACUUUAAGAUCCAUUCAUUUCAAACUGAAUUGAAUGGGGGCAAGAAGCCAUUAGAUGAUGUUGUCACUGAGGCUACAAGUCCUUAAAUUAAUGACCACGUUGCUUCAACUUGUGACUGAGGGAGAUGUCGGUGAUGGUACUAAAUAGAAGUCUUCAGCAAUCCGAUUCAACUUUGUGCAGCAUCGUAAAUGAGAAUGACACGUUCUCAACAGUAGGAUCUGAAUAAUUGGUAUGAUUACUAAUUCUACCAGUCAAACAGGUGAAAUAAUUGGUAAUCAUAGUGUCACAUUAGUAAUCAAGUAAAUGCAGUGCAGUAUUAAAAUAUGAAAACAAAUAGGGAUGUCCAAACAGUGAAAUUUCAGAAGCAAGGUUGUUUUGAAGUCUGAAUUGUCAUAACUUUAUCAUAUAAUAGUAGAGCUAAUAAAAUGACGUGAACCUACACAACAUUGAUGUAGUUUUCAGUUUUAUAGGUUAGGUAAUCUAUCAUUUUGGCCUCUUCAACUAUGUUUACACAAAAACUUGGUUCAGAAUAGCUUUUCUGACCUUUUCACUGCAGCUUAUUCCUUUUUAUGCAGUUUUUUGUGUAUUUUUUGCAACAAAAAAUGAUUUGAAUCCCAUUCUUUAAAAUUUAAAUGGUAAAAUUAGUGAAACCUCUUAGAUCCUUUAGUUGUAGUUUAAAAAGCUGAUGACGUAUGUUCAUAUGGGGGUGCAAAUUUGGAAAUGUAAGAGCUGUUUUGAAUGUAUGAAAAUAGUGACUAAACACAGCAGUUUACAGCUACUUUUUGAAUUUUUAAAACCUUCUAACACAGAGAUGUUUGUCUUCUGGAUUGUUGUGCCGUGUAGUCUGGUAGAAGUUUACCGGCGUUCGUGCCGCUUCCAUCAUCAGGAUGAUGAGUAAGCACCCUUAUGAUUGAGAUAGCAAACAUCUGUCAAACAUUGCUAAACUUCUGCUAGACUGCGUGUUUCUACACCGCAGAAGACGGCCAUCUUCAUACUCACCACUGAAGUUUUAUUUCCAGCUUAGAAUUCACCAUUUGAAAUUUUUACUGUUUGCACAUUCCUAAAUAUUAUAGGAAUACAGUUAAAAAAUCUCGUAAGUGUAAAAAUGUAACAUAAUAAUAAUUUAAGAUAUCGGAGUUUAUGCAGAGUAUACGUAGUUGUGACUUUUCAAAUAGAAACAUGUACUUACUAUUAAGUGAAUGUAUAUAACUAUGAAGAAGGAAGCAUUCCAGUAUUGGAUCUUAAUUUAUUGAUUAUUCUACUAGUUACAGACAUUGUUAUAUUUUUGUAAGUAUCAGUUUGAAUUUCAUAAGCUGCCAUUAAAGAUAUUAAAAGAGAUUUAUGACCCUGCACAUUAUAUUUUAAGCAUAUUUAUAUAUAAAAUAAUUUUAAGUCAUUAUGAUUUUAGGUAUAAUAUGGUGGUACAAAUUCAGUCUAAAGGGUUCUGGUGAUGGUGUAUUACAAUCUGCAUUACUGAGUUUUUGGACUUUGCCUGUCGUCUGGUGUUCAAAAAACACACAAUGUUUUGAAAACUGGAUUUGUCUUCAUUCUCAGGUGUAAGGAAGGUUGGGACACCUGUUUUGUUGGGUCCGUUAGAAACACUGGUCCAAUGAAUAAGUGCCUCCCUUCCUUACACCUGAGGAUGAAGACAGGUGUGGUCUUCAAAACAUAGUGUUCUUUUAGAAUACCAGGUGUUGGACAAAGCCCAAAAAAUCAGUAAUCCAGAUGGUGCUACAUCAUCAAAUUAUUGUUAUUAUUAUAGUAUUGUAUUAUUUAUUUCUAUAACUAAAAUCUUUGGUGGCAGAUAAAGAUGUAGAAUUAUAAUGGCAAAAAUGAAUUUUAUAGUUGAAUUCCAGUAUCUACAUGCAGACAUCAUCAGAACAUGAGGUUAUUACUGGCAUGACCAUUAGUUCAUGUAAAAUUGAUUUCUGCUUGAUUUUGUUUUACUUUACACUAAACUUUUUUGUGCAACAUGUUUUUGUAUGGAUGAAUGUAUUCAGGAAGCAAAUAAAUAACUGAGAGAUAUUA